AUGGCCACGCAAAGACUCGGGUCCAUCCUCUCGCACCUGGCCCCUCACAAGACCGGUGUCGCCUCCAUCACGCAGAAGAACCCCGACGACAUUGUCAUCACCCUCGCGAUUCGGACGCCUCUAGCCAAGGGCAAGAAGGGCGGGUUCAAGGACACUGACCUCGACUACAUCGUCUACGCCCUGCUGAAGCAGGUGCUGGACAAGAGCAAGAUCGACCCUGCGCUCGUGGAGGAUAUCUGUUUGGGAAAUGUUGGCGACCCAAGAGCUGCCUACAAGGUGCGAGCGGCCAUGCUCGCAGCCGGCUUCCCCCACACAUCUGCUGCCAGCUCGGUCAACCGGUUCUGCUCAAGCGGGUUGAAGGCGGUGCAAGACAUCGCUGGCCAGAUCACGAACGGCAGCAUCGACAUCGGACUGGCCAUGGGUGGCGAGAGUAUGAGCCACAACACCGGCGGCGAUGAUCCCUUCUCUCCCGAGAUCAUGGCGCACCAAGAAGCUGCCGACUGCACACAGCCGAUGAUCCAAACAUCGGAAAACGUCGGCUCCGACUUCAACAUCUCGCGCCGACAGCAAGACGAAUAUGCCGUCGAGUCGUUCCGCAGAGCCGAAGUGGCGCAGAAGGCGGGCUGGUUUGAGGACGAGAUCGUCCCCAUUACCACCAAGGUCAAGGACCCCAAGACGGGCGAACUGAAGGAGAUCACGCUCACCAAGGACGAGGGUCCCCGAUACGGCACCACGCUGGAAGGCUUGUCCAAGAUCCGACCGGCCUUGCCACAGUUUGGCGACAAGACGACUGGUGGCAACGCGUCUCAAGUCACGGAUGGAGCUGCCGCGGUGCUGUUGAUGAAGCGGUCCAAGGCCAUCGAGCUCGGCCAGCCCAUCCUGGCCAAGUUCGUCGGCGCCACCGUCGCCGGUGUGCCACCCCGCGUCAUGGGCAUUGGCCCCAGUGCAGCCAUCCCGAAGCUGCUGGCCAAGUACCAGCUGACCAAAGAGGACAUUGACAUCUUCGAGAUCAACGAGGCCUUUGCCUCCAUGGCCGUCUACUGCCUGAACGUUCUUGGUUUGGACCAUUCGAAACUCAACCCCCGCGGCGGCGCCAUUGCCCUGGGCCACCCUCUCGGCGCCACGGGUGCCCGCCAGAUCUGCACCAUUCUCAGUGAGGCGCGACGGACCAAGAAGAAGAUUUUGGUCACAUCCAUGUGUGACUGGUUCUACGUCUGGUUCUACGUCUGGUUCUACGUCUGGUUCUAG